ACCCAAUCCUUAUAAAAAACCGCCUUUCUCUCCCACUUUUGAUCUCCAACUACAACUCCGUGUGACCCAAAAAAAAAAAACCCUAGAAGUUUUCAAUCAAUAAUAAUAAUGUCGGCGACCGGAGGUGAAAGCGGAUUGGCUCAGGAAGAUGAGAAAAAGCCCAUGGAUCAGCAUAUCAAUCUCAAAGUCAAGGGUCAGGACGGGAAUGAAGUCUUCUUUAGGAUCAAGCGCAGUACCCAGCUAAAGAAGCUGAUGAAUGCCUAUUGUGAUAGGCAGUCGGUGGAGUUGAACUCUAUUGCUUUUCUGUUUGAUGGCCGGCGUCUUCGAGCUGAGCAGACCCCUGAUGAGCUUGAGAUGGAGGAAGGCGAUGAGAUUGAUGCUAUGCUGCACCAAACUGGAGGUGGGAUCUAACUUCUACCAUUAUGAAGAGUAGUAGUGGCUGCUAAUAGAUUAUUAUGGUAGGUUGAAUGUCGACUAUGAAUAAAACCUGAAUAGACCUACUUGUGUUACAUAAGUAGUUGUCUACAUGAAGGUUUUAAAUGUGAUACAUGUAGUAGUGGUAGUAAUGCUUGAAUCUAUUUUAAUGUUCCUGGCUUUUACAUAAUGUGGGGUUUGUCAAACGGCUUUUCAUGUUUGUGAGGUAAUAGUAUCCUUGUUUGUGAUGAUCA